AUGAGCUCUUUUAGAUCGUCCUUCAUUCGCGUGCUCCGUUCGCAGCAACAUCGUCCAGCCGGACUUCCUAGACCACUCUUCUACCGCCAAUUCCACGCGUCUAAUAGACUAGAUGUCGUUAAACCGUUUCUGCUCGCUGAUAUCGGCGAGGGCAUUACCGAAUGCCAGCUUAUACAAUGGUUUGUGCAGCCAGGUGCACGCGUCGAGCAAUUCGACAAGCUAUGCGAGGUGCAGUCCGACAAGGCCAGCGUGGAGAUCACCAGCCCGUUCGACGGGGUCAUCAAGAAGCUGUACUACGACCCAGAUGACAUGGCGAUCACGGGAAAGCCGCUAGUAGACAUCGACAUCCAGAGCGAGCUCAGUGCCGAGGACGAGGCAAAGCUAGGAAGCACUGGCGAAGAGGCAGAACGAGAGAGUGAGCACACAGAGCCAGAGCCGAAGCAGGAUGGAGCGGCAUCAGAAGAGCACGAAGCGGUCGAGCAAGAAGGCGUUGGAGCGACACACACCCCAGUGUCAUCAACUGCGCCAAAAGCUGCUCAGCACGAAUCACAACAACAUACACCACGACCCAGCAAACACGACAAAGGAUCACUGGCUACACCUGCUGUGCGGCACCUGGUCAAAGAGCACAAUCUCGAAAUCACGAAUAUACAAGGCUCGGGCAAGGAUGGCAGAGUAAUGAAGGAAGAUGUGCAACGCCAUGUCUCUGGCGCAGUUCAGCGGUCGCAGUCCUCCUCAAGUCCAGGGCAUACUGCAAUGCAAGGGUCGAAGGAGGACCGUAAGGUGUCCUUGACGCCAGUACAGAACCAGAUGUUCAAGGCAAUGACACGCUCCUUGAACAUACCACAGUUCCUCUACAGCACAGCCGCCGACAUGACAGCAGUGACGGCGCUGCGCAAGAAACUGAACGAGACCGCCAAACCGGAGCAGAAGCUGACGCACCUCGUGUUCAUCAUGAAAGCUGUGAGCUUGGCUUUCCUGCGACAUCCACUUCUCAAUGCAUCUCUCAAUACCAAAGAUCCUAAGAAGCCGGAGCUGCUCUACAAAGGUAGCCACAACUUCGGCAUCGCGAUCGACUCGCCCUCCGGACUUCUGGUGCCUGUGGUCAAGAACGUGCAGGACUUGAGCAUAGUUGAGAUCGCUGCGAAGAUGCGACAGCUAUCAGAAGCUGCUCGCAGCAACAAACUUGCACCCGGAGACUUCAGUGGGGCAACGUUCACAGUUUCGAAUAUCGGGUCGGUCGGUGGUGGUGUUGUUUCUCCUGUCAUCUCAGAACCACAAGUUGGGAUCGUCGGCGUGGGCAGAAGCAGGAUAGUUCCAGCGUUCGACGAGAACGAGGUCCUGAUCCGGCGAGAAGAACUCGUCUUCAGCUGGAGUGCUGAUCAUCGAGUUGUCGACGGCGCUGAGUGCGCAAGAUGCGCAGAAAAAGUCAAGUCUCUUCUGGAGGAGCCAGCAUCAAUGCUGGUCGAUCUACGGUAG